CCCCAGGCAUUCAUCUCAGAUCUGAUAAUUUAGGGUUUUCUCUUCUCUUGUUGUGUUUUUUCUUCGCUUUCUUUGCGUUUUUGCUCUAUUAUUCUCUGUAUUUGUUCCGGUUUUCGAGUUUCUUCAAUGGCGGGUAAAGGAGAGGGUCCAGCCAUUGGUAUCGAUCUUGGUACCACCUACUCUUGUGUCGGCGUCUGGCAACAUGAUAGAGUUGAGAUCAUCGCCAAUGACCAGGGUAACAGGACUACCCCUUCUUACGUUGCCUUCACUGAUACAGAGAGGCUCAUCGGAGAUGCUGCCAAGAACCAGGUUGCCAUGAACCCAGUUAACACUGUAUUCGAUGCUAAGCGUUUGAUUGGCAGGAGGUUUUCUGAUGCCUCAGUCCAGAGUGAUAUCAAGCUAUGGCCCUUCAAGGUCAUCCCAGGACCUGGUGACAAGCCCAUGAUUGUUGUACAAUACAAGGGUGAGGAUAAGCAGUUUGCGGCAGAGGAGAUCUCCUCCAUGGUCCUGAUGAAGAUGCGUGAGAUCGCUGAGGCGUAUCUAGGAUCAGCUGUUAAGAAUGCAGUUGUCACAGUCCCUGCCUAUUUCAAUGACUCCCAGCGCCAGGCCACUAAGGAUGCUGGUGUCAUUGCUGGCCUCAAUGUCAUGCGUAUCAUCAAUGAGCCCACAGCUGCUGCUAUUGCCUAUGGUCUUGACAAGAAGGCAACCAGUGUGGGUGAGAAGAAUGUAUUGAUCUUUGAUUUGGGUGGUGGCACUUUUGAUGUCUCUCUUCUCACCAUUGAGGAGGGAAUUUUUGAGGUCAAGUCAACUGCUGGUGAUACCCACUUGGGUGGUGAGGACUUUGACAACAGGAUGGUGAACCACUUCGUUCAGGAAUUUAAGAGGAAACACAAGAAGGAUAUCAGUGGAAAUCCUCGUGCUCUCCGUCGAUUGAGGACCUCUUGUGAGAGGGCCAAGCGUACCCUUUCAUCCACCGCCCAGACCACCAUUGAGAUUGACUCUCUCUAUGAGGGUAUUGAUUUCUACUCUACCAUCACCCGAGCCAGAUUCGAGGAGCUUAACAUGGACCUCUUCAGGAAGUGUAUGGAACCAGUUGAGAAGUGCCUUCGUGAUGCUAAGAUGGACAAGAACACCAUCCAUGAUGUUGUCUUGGUUGGUGGCUCGACCCGUAUCCCAAGGGUCCAGCAACUCCUCCAAGACUUUUUCAAUGGGAAGGAGCUCUGCAAGAGCAUCAACCCAGAUGAGGCUGUGGCCUAUGGUGCAGCUGUCCAGGCUGCCAUCCUCAGUGGAGAGGGCAAUGAGAAGGUCCAAGACCUCCUCUUGCUUGAUGUUACUCCUCUCUCCCUUGGUCUUGAGACUGCUGGUGGUGUCAUGACUGUCUUGAUUCCCCGUAACACGACCAUUCCCACAAAGAAGGAGCAGGUGUUCUCCACCUACUCAGACAACCAGCCUGGUGUCUUGAUCCAGGUAUAUGAGGGAGAGAGGACCAGGACUCGUGACAACAACCUUCUUGGGAAGUUUGAGCUCUCUGGCAUUCCUCCUGCUCCUCGUGGGGUGCCCCAAAUCACAGUGUGCUUUGAUAUCGAUGCCAAUGGUAUCUUGAAUGUUUCUGCUGAGGACAAGACCACAGGUCAGAAAAACAAGAUUACCAUUACCAAUGACAAGGGGCGUCUGAGCAAGGAGGAGAUUGAGAAAAUGGUCCAGGAGGCUGAGAAGUACAAGUCCGAGGAUGAGGAACACAAGAAGAGGGUAGAGGCCAAAAAUGCCCUUGAAAACUACGCCUACAACAUGAGAAACACAAUCAAGGAUGACAAGAUUGCUGCCAAGCUCGAUGCUGCUGACAAGAAGAAGAUAGAGGAUGCCAUUGAGCAGGCAAUUCAAUGGCUCGACAACAACCAGUUGGCUGAGGCAGAUGAGUUUGAGGACAAGAUGAAGGAGCUCGAGACCAUUUGCAACCCCAUCAUUGCUAAGAUGUAUCAGGCUGGUGGGGCUGAUAUGCCUGGUAGUGCACCUCCAUUUGCUGGUGGUGCUGAUAUGCCUGGUGGUGAGUCCUUCAGCAGCGGUGGUGGUGCUGGCCCCAAGAUCGAGGAGGUCGAUUAAGCAAUUUUUUCUCCUCUUUUUCAAUCCAUGGUGCUUGUUUUUUGUAUUUGGUGAAGACAAUUCCCCCUCCCCCUUCCCCCUUCCCCCUUCCCCCUUCCCUUUCCCCUUCUACAUAUUGCCAUUCUCUAUUUUUGUUUUGGGAUUAUGAGCUGCUUUUGAUUGCAUGCUCAUCGAAUACUCUUGAACUAGUUCUUUUUGGUAUAGUUGGUCGGCGGCCUUUUCUAAUGGGCCAAUUGCCUUUUUUGGCUGGAUUUGAUAAAAUAUAUUCCCGUGGGAAAUUGGUGGAUAACUAAAUAGAGUUAGUUUUUUUUCA